GGCCUUUUUAGUAAAUUUAUCAGCUGAUGGUAAAAAAACCCGGAGGUUCGACUUAGUUACUUAAGUACCUAGUUUUUACAAGAAUUUCAUGACACUGUUUUAAUUAAAAUAAACAUUAAAAUUUAUGUGAGAGGUUCUGUUAGUUGAAAUAUUCAAUGUUUUCUUUACAACAACAUAAUCAGGUUCUAUUUCAUUUGACUCAGUUCACUUCUGCGGCCCCAAAACGUACCCGUAUCACGCACAAAAGCUCUCAGAGCACUACAGAGAAGAAUCAAGUGUUUGAUGUCAGGUUUUCUGAAAGCUUUGAACAUGCGUCGGCGAGUUGUAAAGAGAGCGGGCUGUUCGACAGCCUCCCGUCCUCAUGGAACGUCUUUGAAAAUAUUUCGUUGCCAAGGAGGGUAAAGAAGCACUUCCAAGAUUUAAACAUUGUAGUCGACAACAAGAACAUAACACUACGAAACUCGAAAGGAAAUCUUUCUGCGAGUCUUCCGAUUGCGGUUUCACAAAAUUUAUGCCAGCAUGAAUUCCUUCAGCCAAACAAGCCUUUGAUAUUCGAUGUACAAGUACGGGGUUUUAAAACAGAACGGAGCGUUAAAGCAGAAAUAGCCAGGAGCCCCAGCUUGCUUCAUAGGCUGCGGCAGGCUUUCGGUCUUGAGAAAGUUACCAGUCCGAACAAGCCAGCCAUUCCACCUGAGCCGAGUGCCUUGGAAAAUCACGAAAACACUUUAAUCAAGAACUUGUUCAGUCCUGAAUCAAACACUUCUCUAACUGAAGUUCAAAAGGCAAAAAUCGCUUUUGCUGAAGGAUACAUGGUGGGCCAACAAAAUGCCAAAGGUGUUGGAAAGUCUGCGAGGUGGCUUAAACUAGUGCAACAACUGCUUACUAUAAUCCUUUUCCUUUCUAUCUUUAUCUCUCUAAUGGCUAGUGCAAAUGGAUCAAUGUUCAGGAUUCAAAUUGGUAAUCAAGUAGAAGUGGACCCUGAGGAAAUUCAUGUAACCUUUAACGAUGUUAAAGGGGCUGAUGAGGCAAAGCAAGAACUUAAAGACGUUGUGGAGUUUUUAAAAAAUCCUGAGAAGUUUUCAUCACUCGGAGGAAAAUUACCAAAAGGAGUUUUACUGGUUGGACCUCCAGGUACAGGCAAAACAUUGUUAGCUAGAGCAGUCGCCGGUGAGGCUGGUGUUCCAUUUUUUCAUGCUGCGGGCCCAGAAUUUGAUGAAAUUCUAGUAGGACAAGGAGCGAGGAGGGUUCGAGAUUUAUUUAAAGCUGCCAAGGAUCGUGCACCUUGUGUAAUAUUUAUUGAUGAAAUAGAUUCUGUGGGGGCAAAGCGUACAAAUUCGGUCCUUCAUCCUUACGCGAACCAAACUAUAAAUCAGUUGCUUUCAGAAAUGGAUGGUUUUCAUCAAAACGACGGUGUUAUUGUACUUGGUGCGACUAACAGACGUGAUGAUUUGGAUAAGGCACUUUUGAGGCCUGGAAGAUUUGAUGUGGAAGUAAAUGUGCCAACUCCAGAUUUAACUGGUAGAAAAGAAAUUUUAACAAUGUAUAUCGGAAGAGUUCGUACAAAGAGUGUUGAUGUCGAUCUCCUUGCACGUGGGACAACUGGGUUUACUGGUGCCGAUCUUGAAAAUAUGGUGAAUCAAGCAGCACUCAAGGCAGCUAUUGACGGAGCUGAAUCUGUCACGAUGAAAUACCUUGAAGAUGCCAGGGAUAAAGUUCUAAUGGGACCUGAAAGAAAAUCACGAAUCCCAGACGAAGAAACCAAUGCAAUAACAGCAUACCAUGAAGGAGGUCAUACUAUAGUUGCUUAUUACACGAAAGGAAGUCACCCUCUGCACAAAGUGACUAUAAUACCAAGAGGCCCAUCACUCGGACAUACUGCUUACAUGCCUGAAAAAGAAUCAUACCAUAUUACUAAACAACAGCUUCUUGCUAUGAUGGAUACCAUGAUGGGUGGAAGGGCCGCUGAAGAAUUAAUUUUUGGAGCAGAUAAAAUCACCAGUGGUGCAUCAAAUGAUCUAAAGCAAGCAACUGCGAUAGCCAUUUCUAUGGUUAAGGACUGGGGUAUGUCAGAAUCUUUAGGUUUAAGAACGCAUGAAGGCAAUAGCAAAACUUUAGUACCGGUUAAUGAUCUUUCUCCAAACACAACGGAUCAAAUAGAUAUAGAGAUUAAGAAAAUUCUCCAGGAAUCAUACGAAAGAGCUAAGACAAUAUUAAGAGCACACAACAAAGAACACAAACUUUUAGCGGAGGCUCUUCUUAAGUAUGAAACAUUGGAUGCAGAAGAUAUCAAGGCAAUUUUGACCGGUAAUGGUGCCGAAAAGUUUAAAAACAUUUAAGGUAUCGAAUGAAAACAAGCAACCCAGCGUACAGAAUAUGUAAAGAAGAGAAUUAUUUGCAUAUAAAAUUAUGUAUGAUAUUUA